CCUCAACUCUAAUAUUUGUCCACAUUAAUAUGUUUGAACCAAUCCAGUCCACUAACCCAGCUCAGCCUUACCUUUCUCCUCUAUCUUUUAUAUGAUUUUAUGUUAUUUUCCGUGCUUUUAGAAUACGUAAUUAAUAAAUGACAAAAAAAAUAAUUCCGUGUGUGAUGCCCCAAGACCCUAUUUGAUUUUGUCCACUCUCACAAAAAUUCUUGACUCUGGCCUUGCCUAACACGUCGUCUAAACCGACCUAAUUUUAGGUAAGUUCGUGAAAUCUUUUACAGUAUAAAUGGGUGUGCAUAGCCUAGAGAUGCAUCAGUUUUUUUGGCCAGUUUUGAUGGACUCAUCCAGAGUAACUCUUCGUCCAUUCAAGCUCUCCGACGUCGAUGACUUUUUAAAAUGGGUUAGUGAUGACAGAGUGACUCGCGACGUGAGAUUGAACACCAUGACUAGUCAAGAAGAAGCACUGGCAUACCUUGAAAAAGUCGCGAUCCCUCACCCAUGGCAUCGAUCCAUAUGUGUAGACGACCGUUCAAUCGGAUGCAUCUCGAUCAAGCCGGAAUAUGGUGAGGAAGAUGAGUGUAGAGCACAAGUUGGCUAUGCGUUGGCGACGGAGUAUUGGGGGCAGGGGAUAGCGACAAUGGUAUUGAAGACGGCUGUGUCGAAGGUGUUCCACGAAAUGCCUGGCUUGGUGAGGCUUCAGGCUUUUGUGGAUGUAGAGAACAAGGGGUCUCAGAGGGUGCUUGAGAAGGUUGGGUUUGCAAAGGAAGGUUUGUUGAGGAAAUAUGGGUAUUGUACAGGUAAAAUCAGAGAUGUGAUUAUCUACAGUCUCUUGGCAACUGAUCAGGUUAAUUAAAUGAUAAUAAUCUUGUUGUGAAAAGAAAAAAAAAACCAUUGUUCUUGAUGGGCUAUACAUGACAAUGGGCAUCAGAAAUUGGGCCUUGAUGGGCUAUAAUGAUUUGAGGCCCAUAAUAUUUAUCAUGUUCUUUUGACGGUCCUACUCC